CACAAGUACCGUUUUGACAAAUAAUCAAAAAGGUUUGCCAUGGAACUGUACGUGUAUGGAAUGAAAGGAAGCUGUGACGUCAAAAGAAGGAUUUGGGAUAAUAUCAAUAACAGAGAUAGGGGCUAACUGGAAGUUCAGGUUUGUUCUGUUCAUAUUUAUUUGUUGGAUUGGUUGGUAGGACAGCCAGGUAAAAAUGCUUAUUAAGCAUAUGAAAUCAUAGGGCAUCUGCCCAAAAGAGAGGUUGGGACCUAGAUGUAAACUUCACCAACUGCAAGACACUGUGGUUUCAUAGAAUGCUAGCACCUUAGGUAAAAGAGAGAGGCUAAAGGACACAAAAAAUGCCUCAAGAAAUGCCUGUUUCAGUCUGAGGAAUGUCAACUAUUCAAGAUGGAGGCAGAGGUCAACAAGAUGAAACUGAUGUUCCAGAAAACUGACUCUGAUCCAGAUUACAUUCAGUACAGACCAGAAUAUGAAAUCAAGACUAAUCAUCCUGAGUCAGCAAGCAAGAAAAAUCCAGUUACACUCUUAACAGAAUCAUUAGCAAUAAAGUCUCAGUAUCAAACUUUGCAUGCAUGCUUUAAGCCAUUAGCUGUUGGGCAGAAAGAGACUAAGAGCUGUGUUUGUGCCACUGUCCUUAAGACUACGACCAUAAUACAAGAACUACAAAAGCAAACAGACUUGGAGCUGUCACUGUGGACUAAAAGAAAACUGUGGCAGAGCAAUUAAAAUCUCACAUGUCAGAGUUAUGAAGAAAUGGACUUGCCAAAGAGAACUCUCAUGGAGAAGAGAUCCAUUCCAGAAAAUUUUAGGAAGAUGUCUUUUCAGCACUUGAUGACUAGAGGUAGGGGGAUGGGAAGGAUAUUUGGCUUGACUGACUGGAUAAUUGAUGCCUUUCACAAGAUAGGGGAACAUAAGAAGGGCAAAGAGUAAUCAAUAAAGUUCAGCUGAAAGGAUGGGAUGGGAAUAAAGGGAUUUUAAAAAUAUAUGCACACACAGGGGCGCCUGGGUGGUUCAGUCAGUUAAGCAUCCAACUUCGGCUCAGGUCAUGAUCUCAUGGUCCGUGAGUUUGAGCCCCACGUCAGGCUCUGUGCUGACAGCUCAGAGCCUGGAGCCUGCUUUGGAUUCUAUGUCUCCCUGUCUCUCUGCGCCCUUCCCACCCCCCCCCCCAUUCAUGCUC